AUGGAACCUAGAGAUGAUCCUAGACGACAAGUACAACCACCGUCUCCAUUGCCGUCUAGUUCUUCUUCCUAUUUACUGAAAGAUAUCUCGAAUUUCAAAACCCCAAAAAACCCUUCCAAAAUUCCCCGUACGCCGAGUACCAAAUCCGAUGCCAAAUUCUUCACCGCUCAGAAAGCAACUCCAUCUUCGAUGGCAUCUCGGCGUAAAAUGUCGGCGGCGGCUCCCACCAGGAGUAAAGCCGCCCGGAGACUGAAAGAUUUUGAACUCGAGCAAUCCAAGUCUGCUCGGAGGAAUCAGGUUACGAAGGAGAAAUCAUUAAAGUCGCUGUCGAAAUCUCUCUCAGUUUGGCUGAAUUUUUUGUUUGAGAAUCCUAAAUCCUGCGGGUGUGACGUAUCGAGAUUCACCGGAGAAUUUGACCGGGAUGGGAGUCAUUCUAGUCAAGGAGACAAAGAGUGUUCGGCAAAAGGGAAGAGGGAGGCUGGCCCCGGCAGGGGAGUUAAAGUUGGCGUGGAUGGGCCGUGGCGAGGUCCCAAGAGGCAGAGGGAUAUGAAAUGGAAGGGAAAUUCUGAAAGUAGAGAUCCAUUGCAUCUAGGUUUGAAGACUUCAUUGAAGGAUAUUUGCAGUUUCGACGAUCUCAAGGAGCGAAUGAGGGCUUACUUGAGCUUGGACAGUUGCAAUGAGAUAUUUGAUACAAUGACACAAGUGGCAAAGAAUAUUGAUGAUGGGCGGUUAAAUAUGAGGGCACAUUGUCCAAUAGUCACAGAUGUUGGAAUGAAAGAGAGAUCGUUGGGAAUCCUUAUGAGUUACAACCCUGUAUGGUUACGGAUUGGACUUUUUGUUAUAUUAGGAGGAGAUUUGCUACUGCCAACUGCACAGGUUAACUCUGAACAAGAAAUGACUUUCUUGAGGAUGGUUAUUGAGAAGCAUUUCUUCUCACAUGCUGAGCUCGCAAAGAUCUUUGCUUAUAACAAAAUGGUCGAUGGGUUGUAUAGACCUGGAUACUUUGAGAAACUGGGAAGUGUAAUUUUGAAGCGUUUUUUGCUGCUUGUACUUGUACUUGAUCGGGCCAAAUCCCAAAGUAGCUUACCCCUUAAAUAUGGAAUAGAUGGACGUGAUGGGGGUUCGCCGCUAUUAUUCUCCUCGCAGUCUAAUAUCAAGUCAAGCCGUCAAGUGAUAUCUGAGUUCUUAACUUCUGAUAUAAUGCAUGGGGAAGGCAAUCUCCUGGCACAUCUAACCAUUGUAGGUUAUAAAGUGACUUACCAACAGAGUCCUCUAGUUGAGUAUAGCUUUAAGGUGACGGAACUAUAUGAAGAUCUUCAAGAUGGUAUUCGGUUAUGCAGGGCGAUACAGCUUCUGCAGCAUGAUUCUUCCAUUCUCUUGAAAUUAGUAGUCCCAUCGGAUACUCACAAGAAGAGCCUAGUUAACUGUGGUGUUGCCAUCCAAUACUUGAAGCAGGCUGGAGUGCCUCUUCAUGAUGAGGAUGGCACGUUGAUUACUGAAGAAGAUAUUGCUAAUGGAGAAAAGGAGUUGGUGCUUUCCUUGCUUUGGAAUAUGUUUGUUCACUUGCAGUUGCCUCUCUUAAUCAAUAAAAAGCUAUUGUCAAUGGAGAUAUCCAAAAUCAGAGGAGUCAUUGUGGAACAUUCUAGCUCUUGCACUACACUGGAAAUGCUUCUUAACUGGAUCCAGGCAGUUGGUGAAAGCUAUGAGCUAAAAGUUGAGAACUUUUCUUCAUUGGUUGAUGGAAAAGCCAUGUGGUGUUUAUUGGAUUAUUAUUUUCGAAAAGAACAUAGUUCCUCAUUUUCUUCAAAGGAUCCAGAUGAGACAAAUAAAGUAAUUUCCUUAGUGUCAACAAGUGAAUAUGCAGAUGCCGUGCACAACUUCAUAUUAUCUCAGAAACUGACGUUGCUACUUGGCAACUUCCCGGAGGUUUUACAAGUCAGUGACCUACUCGAAUACAACAGUGCAUGUAAUGAUCGAAGUGUCAUUAUUCUCCUGGUGUUUUUGUCCUUUCAACUGCUGGUGAAACGAAAUAUGGACCAACUAAAUUUUCACAAAUUGCUGGGGCCGGACAUUCAAACUCCUGAAAGGAAGCAUCCAAGUACUCAACUUUCAUUUCUGCAUUCUCCAACAGUCUUAAAUCCUGAAGAUGCUUCAAGGAGUUUUAAGGCCAUAAUGACUUGGUGGCAAGAUAUGGCCCAGAUGAAUAACCGAUGUAAUCCCAAAACUGCUACUGCUAUUCAACAGUGUUCGUUGAUUACUAGAAAGGCCAGCAACAUCGAAAGAGAAAAUGCUGCGAAAAUGAUACAGUCUCAUUUCAGACGGUUACUGGAAUUUCGGAAAUACAUGAAGAUGAGAAAGGCAACUUACUUACUACAAGUUGCUGUACGGGCUUGGCUAGCUGCGAAAUUAAGAUCAUCCAAACAUUUCUCUGGACCGAAUUCUCAGACAUCAUUCUUUUGUACAGUAAAGAAUCCUGAGAAUUGCAGGGGUUACAUGGCACUUAUGGUUGAUAGGCAUGAUUUCGUCAACUUGAGAACAUCUGUUUUAGUAAUCCAGCAUGCUGUAAGAAUGUGGAUAUCCCGUAGAAGACAGAAAGAAAGUAGGUUAUUGCAAGAUCUAACCAUGGCUGCAACUGUUAUUCAAGCAUGCAUUCGUGGAACAAAUGUAAGGUCUCAGUAUACCCAAAUGGUUGCCAAUUUCCAUCAAGACGUUUUAUAUUCUCUCCAUUCACAAGCAGCAUUGAUUAUUCAAAGUUCUUGGAGAAAGUUUAUUGUCCGGAAGUCUCUUCAAGAGAAACACUUCGCUGCAACUAAGAUUCAGAGCCAGUUUCGUGGCUUUCAGAUGAGGAAAAGUUUGGAGGAGCAGAAAGAAGCUGUAUUGAAAAUUCAAAGUAUAUUUAGAUGCUUAAGAUGUAAAAAAGAUUUCCAGCGCUACAUGAGGAUACAUUCAUCAGUGAUUGUCAUUCAGUCCCACUUCCGAAGAUGGGAUGCACAGAGGAGAUACCAUGUCCUUAGAUGUCAUGCGGUGAUGAUUCAGUCACAGCAUUUCUUCAUUCAAUUUUCUAGACAUAAUGAGGCUGCUAUUAGGAUUCAAACUGAUUUUCGGUGCAUGAAACAAUGCAAGGCAUAUUCUUCCCAGAGAUUUGCCGCCAUACAAAUCCAAAGUUUUGUUAGAGGCUACAUCACGAGAAAAAGGCUUCUUGGGUCUUCCUUUUGCCACAAGAUCUCGAACAAUGAUUUCAGUAACAGAAAUUUCAAAGGAAAAAGGAUUGUUCAAUCUGUUUUGAAGUUGCAACAGUGGUGGAGGAAAGUUUUGUUACUGAAGAUGACUAAGUCGGCAAUAACUAUCCAGUCAUAUUACAGGCAGUGGAUGGCACGUAAAAGGGCCUCAAGAGAAAGGCAACGCAUUGUUGUCAUCCAAUCUUACUGGAAAGGUUACCUUGCUAGAAAAGAUUCCAAGGGGCAGCUUAAAGACUUGCGCGUGAAAGUUCAAAAAACUGCUGCAAACAUAGAUAAUAGCAUGCGUUUGAUAAACAGACUUCUCGCUGCUCUUGCUGAACUCCUGAGUAUGAGAAGCAUUAGCGGGAUCCUUCACACUUGUGCCACAUUAGAUGUGACUACUGAACAUUCACAGAGAUGUUGCGAAGAACUUGUUGCGGCAGGAGCUGUUGGCACCUUGCUGAAGCUUAUCCAAUCUGUUAGCCGGAGUAUACCUGAUCAGGAAGUUCUAAAGCAUGCAUUGUCUACUCUAAGAAACCUGGCCAGAUACCCUCACUUGACAGAAGUGCUAAUCGAUACUCAUGGAUUUGUUCAAACAAUUUUAUGGGAGUUGAUACGUAACAAAGAGGAAGGGUAUUUUAUUGCGUGCGACCUGCUGAAGAAGAUAUGUUCAAACAAAAAAGGCUCAGAGGCUAUGCAAAGUUAUCCACCCCUGAUAAAAAGACUACACACCCUUGUGGAUGAUCUCAAAAAGAAGGCAGGAAAUGAUAAGAGGAACGUUCGCAGUUCAGUAUCUAGAGAACACGCUGAUAGAAGGCUGAAGGAAGCUGUAGAGCUGAUUGAAUUGAUUAGAAAAAGAUGA